GCGCUGGCACAUCUUCCUGGAGAAGGGGAGGGUGCGGCUGCAGAGAAUUGAGACAUAGAUGCUCUGGAUUACUGAAUCUGAGAACCAAGUCGUUGGGGGUGGGGUAGGUUUUUGGGACUUGGGCCUAAUUUAAGUGCCGGGCAGGACAGAAUAGUGGGCUUUUAUUGGACUCUCCCCCUGACCUAGGCCUUCACUUCUUCAGGCUCAGCCCUUGCCAGGCCAACUUGAGACAUGUCUGACACGAAUGAGAGUGGUUCAGGUUCAGCCGACUUCCAGACUGAAACUUCCGAAAAGGUCAAUGGCUUGAAGAUGCAGACCCAGUUGACAGUGACCCAGAACUUGGAGGUUUCAAAGACACCAAAGGCCUCAAAGACGUCAGAGGUCUCAGAGGCCAUCAAGGUUUCAAACACCACAGGGAACUCAAAUGCCACAGAGGUCUCAAAGGCCCCAGAGGCUCAGGAGGCAGCUGACACUCAGACAUCACCUGCCACUAAGCUGAUUGAUACCCAGGUUCUGGCAGCUGAGAAGAAGAGUGCAGCAGCUCAUCCCAAGAUGCAAAAUGCUGACCCAAAGGCUCUGACAGUGCCCGCCACCGAGAUCAAAAAGGUCAGCUGUGUGUCUGAUACGAAGGUCAAUACAAAGGUUCCAGACACUGAGGCUGCUGCUUCUCAGGCUUCAGCAGACCAGUCUGAGCCUGAGCGAGCUGUUGCCCAGGCACAUCAGGAUACUCAGCCCAAGGUCAAGGCUAAGAAAGCCCGAAAGGUUAAACAUCUGAAUGGGGAUGAAGAUGGCAGCAGUGAUCAGAGUCAGGCUUCUGGAACCACAGGUGGCCGAAGGGUCUCAAAGGCCCUAAUGGCCUCAAUGGCCCGCAGGGCUUCAAGGGGCCCCAUAGCCUUUUGGGCCCGCAGGGCAUCAAGGACUCGGCUGGCAGCUUGGGCUCGUAGGGCUUUGCUCUCCCUGAGGUCACCUAAAGCCCGUAGGGGCAAGGCUCGCCGCAGAGCCGCCAAGCUCCAGUCAUCCCAAGAGACUGAAAUACUACCAACUCGGGAUGUGGCACUUUUGCAAGGGAGGGCAAACGAUUUGGUGAAGUACCUGUUGGUUAAAGACCAAACAAAGAUUCCCAUCAAACGCUCAGACAUGCUGAAGGACAUCAUCAAAGAAUACACUGAUGUGUACCCUGAAAUCAUUGAACGAGCAGGCUAUUCCUUGGAGAAGGUAUUUGGGAUUCAGCUGAAGGAAAUUGAUAAGAAUGACCACUUGUACAUUCUUCUCAGCACCCUAGAGCCCACUGAUGCAGGCAUACUGGGAACGACAAAGGACUCACCAAAGCUGGGGCUCCUCAUGGUGCUUCUCAGCAUCAUCUUUAUGAAUGGAAAUCGGUCAAGCGAGGCUGUCAUUUGGGAGGUGCUACGCAAGUUGGGACUGCGCCCUGGGAUACAUCACUCACUAUUUGGGGAUGUGAAGAAGCUCAUUACUGAUGAGUUUGUGAAGCAAAAGUACCUGGACUAUGCCAGAGUCCCUAAUAGUAAUCCCCCCGAGUAUGAGUUCUUCUGGGGCCUGCGCUCCUACUAUGAGACCAGCAAGAUGAAAGUCCUCAAGUUUGCCUGCAAGGUACAAAAGAAGGACCCCAAAGAAUGGGCAGCUCAAUACCGAGAGGCGAUGGAAGCAGAUUUGAAGGCUGCAGCAGAGGCAGCAGCUGAAGCCAAGAUGAGGGCUGAGAUCAGAGCUCGUAUGGGCAUUGGGCUCGGCUCUGAGAAUGCUGCUGGGCCCUGCAACUGGGAUGAGGCUGAUAUUGGACCCUGGGCCAAAGCCAGGAUCCAGAUGGGAGCUGAAGCAAAAGCCAAAGCCCAAGAGAGUGGAGGAGCCAGUGCCAGUGCCAGUGGUGCCAGUGCCAGCGCCGGUGCCAGCUCCACCUCCAGCUCCACCUUCAGUACGAGCACCAGCCUCACUGCCACUCUUACAUUUGGGCUCUUCGCUGGCCUCGGUGGAGCUAAUGCCAGCACCAGUGGCCCCUCUGGUGCCUCUGGUUUCUCCUAUAAGUGAGAUUUCAGAUACUGCUAAUCUCAGCAGUCUUUCUCUUUGAGCCAGGGUGCAUCCUCAGAAACCUACUCAACACAGCACUCCAGGCAGCCACAAUCAAUCAUUUGAAGUUGACACUCAACAUUAAACCUACUUUCCAUUUCUGA